AUGGGGAGGAGCGGCGGCGAGGCGGCGGGGAAGAGGCAGCAGUUCGGGAGCAUGGAGGAGUUCUGGGGCUUCUACCUGAGCCAGCACUCCAAGCCGGGCACGCGGCGGUGGCACUUCAUCGGCACGCUGGCCUCGCUCGCCUGCGCGGUGCUCGCGGCCUCCACUGGCCGCGCCGCGAUCCUCCUCGCGGGGCCCGUUCUCGGGUACGGCAUGGCGUGGUACAGCCACUUCUUCGUGGAGGGCAACCGCCCUGCCACGUUCGGCCACCCCGUGUGGUCUUUCAUCUGCGACCACCGCAUGUUCGUGCUCAUCCUCACCGGCCGUAUCGACGCUGAGCUCGCCCGCUUCCGCGUCCGGCCGACGCCCGACGCCGCGGCGGCCUCUGCACACCAGGACUGA